CAGUGGGAAUUCCAAGACAAAUUUUUUUUUUUUUUAAAGACUGUAACCAAGUCUUGAGGGGACUGGGGGUUCCAGCUGUGAGAAUACACUUGAUUCAGCUCCAUGAUUUCCCAGGCAAGGAAACGAAGGCUCUCACAUUCCAAAGGAUUUGCCUAGCAAAUCAGAACUAGAAUUGGAACCUGGAUUUCCUGAUUCCCAGGCCAGUGCACUCCACAUUACCUCUGUAAAAAAGCUAGGAUGUUCCGGGUUAGAGAGACCCUUACUGACUUGGUCCUUUGAAGGAUAGCAGCAGGGGCAGAUUUCUGUGCCACACAUGGGACGCACCCCACACAGAUCAAAGUUAAUGACCUUCAUUUCAGACCUGAGGGCUGGUGUCUCUGUUAGUGAGCUGCACUGCUUAGGGCUCAGGCCUUCAGUGUGAACUUCCAACUGAGUUGCUCAACUUCCUCCUGUACCUCAGUUUACUCUGCUAUAAAAUGGACUAUGUACUUCAAGAGUUUGCUCUGGUGCUCACACGACAUGGUGAAAGUGCUUUGAUUAUGAAGCUUGAUUCAAAUCCAUUAACCAUUCACUUCUACACUUACUGAAAGCCUCCUGGUAGACUCCUGGCACUGGAGGGGCAAGUAACCAGGACUGACAUGACCUCCACCCUGAGGAAAGUCUGCUGGGGGAAACAGAGUAUUAGAAGAGGAAAGUGUGUCAACGGGGCAGUUAAACUAUGGGGUCACUCACUGCUUUGGAGUUGGGAAGAUGGACUUCAGGGAGGAAGAAGACGCUGAGGACAGGAAGUGUUAGAGGUAGCCCAGCUGCAGGAAAGAGUGGGCCACUGGAGGAAUUUAGAGAGAACCCAGCCACCGCCCAGGGCCUCGAGUGCUGGGCCAGGGGUCUGGACUCUGUCCUGAGACCAGUGGGGAGCCCUGGGAGGGUGUUAUGUAGGCAAGUGGCUGGGUCUGGCUUGCUUUCAACAACAACUUCUCAGGCCAGUACUGCCGGGUGUCCACUGUAGGGACUGACCUGUGUCGUUACCAGUCAGUCGGCCUGCCAAGGAAAGAGCCCGGGCCAGGGCCAAAAAGCCGCGAGAUCAGGCCUGUGUGAUUCCUGGGAAGCUACUGAACCUCUUUUAAGUUCUCGCCUGUACAAUGGAGAAUGCUAACACUUCAGAGGUUUACUCUGAGGGGGAAGGACAUGCCACGUGUCCAGUACAGAGAAAGGCGCACAGAGUCACUGCCCUUACCUUCGGUACUAUGGGCAAAGCCCAGCUGCCUUUGCUGCUCACAGUAACCCUGUAAAGAAUCACCACUUCCCACCUUACAGCCGGUCCUGGCUCAGGGCUGUUUGCGCCUGCGCAGUGCAGAGUAAGCGGACCGCUGAGGCGGACGCCGCCUGGGGUCGCCUGGCAACGUCGCCUGGCAACGGGCCGGCACUACACCAAGGCACCGAGCAGAGCAGAGCACCGAGGCAGUCAGUGGUUUCCGCAGAGCUUCAUUUCGAAAGCCACGGGGUCACCCGCACAGGCGUGGGAAGAUGGCGGACGCCCGGAUCUCCAUGUACCUGCCCCCCGACAUCAACCCCACCCAGGCUGCCAUUGCCUAUGGCUGCCGGGCGCUGCCCAAGCUGAACGAGGAGCUGCAGUCAGAGGACCUGGUGACAAGGCAGAAAGCUCUCAUGGCUUUGUGUGGCCUCAUGCAUGACCCCGAGCAUGUCUACAUGGCCAUCCACAUAGGCUGCCUGGAGAACCUGAAAGCUUUGCUGAAGGAUACCAAUGACAUGGUGCGGAUCAAGACUACUGAGGUGCUCUACAUCAUGGCCACCCACAACGUGGGCAGAGUCGGCUUUCUAGAGCAUGACGUCAUCCGUGCCCUUUCCUUCCUGCUGAACGACCCCCAGUCGCUCUGCCGAGAGAACCUGCACCUGGCAUUCAAGCACCUGGCCCAGCUGCCCACAGGGGCCCAGGGCAUUGUCAGCAGCGGCCUGAUCCCCUCACUUGUGUGGAAGCUGCAGCGGGAAGAGGAAGGGGUGCAGGAGCUCCUUCUGGACACACUGGCUGCCUGCCUGAUGGAGGAUGCCACUGAGGCGCUGGCCAGCCGCGCAGUGCCCUUCCUGAAGGAGAAACUCCUGAGCGCCAACAGCAACAUCCGCAGCAAGGCCGCCGGCACACUCAUCGCCAUCAGCAUCCCUCUGGAGGGCAAGAACCAGGUGUGGAAGCAUGACGUCAUCCCCAUCCUGGUGCACCUGCUGAGAGACAAGGUGGCGGAGGUGCAGGCCAACGUGGCGGGGGCCCUCAUGAAUGCCACAGUGACUACAGAGGGGAAGUAUGCAGCCCUCAAUGCAGAAGCCAUUCAUCCACUGCUGCAGCUGCUGUGCUCGUCCUUGAGCAAGGCGCGCCUGAAUGCCAUCAAGGCCCUGACCAUGCUGGCCGAGGCCCCUGAGGGCCGCAAGCUCCUGCAGGCCCACGUGCCCACCUUCCGGGCCCUUGAGAAGGAUACCAGUGCAGCCGUGAAGCAGGCAGCCCAGAUUGCCAUCAAAGUCAUUGAGUGGAAACCCUGAGCCUCUUUUCUGGCCAACCUGCUGACCCCACACCUGAAUAAAUGCAGUGAAUCUCUUUA